AUGGCCGAGAGUGUACAGACUCACUCGGCUGGUCCUCCCAGGCCUGACUAUGCUGCCCCUAUGGUGACCACAUUGGCAGCUAUAGAAGAACGGGGUGUUGUUCACGGCAGACAAGACCGUGAUCAAUGCGGUUUCUUCAUGUUUCCCUCUAUGAUAUAUUGGACAACAUGGGACUGUGGUUCUUUGUCAUCAACACAACAAUACUGCAAUACCUUUGACGACUAUUUCGGAUGCAGCGCUUCCAUCUGGAUAACAUGUUAUCCCUGGAGUCGCGGCUGCGAUAACCGGGGUACUGUUGGUACUCGGGAGAUUACAGCUUUUGAUUAUGCGAACGUGGCAGCGCAAGUAUCCAUCUAUGCAUCAACAGACAUCUCAACUUCCCAGUCGUAUGAAGAAAAUUCUUCGACGACAGCCGACCCAACUACCGAACCAAGCACAUCUGUAGAGCAAGAUCCAAGUACCAACGUAGACCCUACGACCACAGAAUCAGCCCCUGCUAGUCAAGCCUCAUCAUCGGACGACAAAAACAGUCCCCCUAUCGGACUUAUCGUGGGAGGUGUCAUAGGAGGUUUGACUCUUAUUGCACUCAUUGGUUUUGGGGCCUAUGGUUUAUUCGUCGCAAGAAGCACAAUUCCGGCAGAGAUGCCAGCGGCUACUCAUCAGGAAACUAUCAUUCUCCAUCCCAGUCCUUGCCAGGUUAUGGUUAUAUCAACCAUACAUCUCCUGAUCCCCAGUACAAUCAUCCACCCAUGUGCUCAACACCCAGCGAUAUCUCUCAGAAUUUUGGUAGCCAGCCCUAUGUGGUAA